AUGCCUGAUGUGCCAAAGUAUGACGGAACUUCAGGCACUUGGGAGCAUAUUACCGCUUACACAAUGGCGGUAAAGGGAAAUAAUUUAGCUGGUCACGAAAUUGAAUCUGUUUUGCUGAAGAAAUUUGGAGAGACUCUCACGAGGGGAGGCUUGGCGUGGUAUUCAUUGUUACCCGAGCAUUCCAUAGACUCCUUUCAGAUGCUCGCGGACUCUUUCAUCAAGGCUCAUGCCGGAGGCAGAAAAGAAAUCCUGCUCGAGUUUCAAGUAACGACUUGGGCGGAUAUCCGCAACCUGUACGAAUCAAAGAUAAGGAUCGAAGAUGAUCAAGUUGGAUUUACAUCGUCGACAAAAGUACGGGAGAAGAACAGAGAAACAUUGAAAGAUUAUUAUGACAUGGACAGACGGUCUUCAAAGGGCCAGUUUUUGCCCUACGAACGGACCGAAGGCUGCGGCAAAGGCUCCCGGAUAGCGGAUAGAUUCGUUGUUGACAAAAUGACUGAUCGCGGUCGGAACAAUAGAUCACUGCAGACAGGGGACUGUCGACACCUCGUGGAAGAAGUGAAAACACUAUUGAAGAAUGGUCAUCUCAGAGAAUUAUUGAGUGAAUUAUUGAGUGACCGAACUAAGAACAAUUAUGGUCGUAACCGGGACAACGUGGAACCCUCAAAAGCAGGAGAAGACCCCCCGUGCCAAACGAUCAACAUGAUCUUCGGAGGGAAUGAGAUCAACGGGUUCACCUUUUGGGCAACAAAAAAGAUAAAAGUAUCAAUAACCCAUAACAAAAGGCUCGGGGAAGACGAUAUCACUUUUACGGAGGAGGAUGCAGACGGAUUGUUGCUACCACACAAUGAUGCACUAGUAAUUUCUUUAAAUGUGCUAGAUUUUAAGAUUAAACGUGUUCUUGUGGAUCCAGAAAGUUCGGCUAAUAUCAUACAAUGGAGAGUGUUGGAGCAAGCUAAACUUACCGGAAGCAUUAUUCCUAACACAAAGCUCCUCGCUGGAUUCAACCUCGCGAGCGUGACAACCCGAGGACAAAUUUUAUUACUCAAAAAUGCCGAAUGA